GGGAAGUGGAGGACUUGGGGCGUCCAAAUGUUGGUAAAAGAGCAAAUUAUUCGAGUGGAACACCUCCGAUUAGUAUAGCUGUGAUGUUGACACUGAAGUAAGCUGCCGCAUAAGUGCGUUAAUUUCUUUUAGACGCGCGUCUUGUUACUUUGACUUCGGUCUUAGUGUAAAUCAUGCAGUGAUACUCGUUAGCCAGUUGAUGUCGGCUAGUCAAGUCGAAGAUUGUCUUGCUUUGCUCCCAAGUCGCCCAACUUUCCCGAUACUGACGACAAGAGCGUAUUCAACAACCAAUCGUUUGAUUUAGCUAGAAUGAUUACUUAGGAGUUUGUUUCUAUAUUCGGCGGGAUUUGUAUGUCUCAGGUUCUCUGCGAUGUGCUCUGUGUUGUGAUAAGUCUUGAUUGCUGCCAAUCACAGUACUUUUCCGACUUCUCUGUGAAAUGACUUGACAACGAGUCCACUGGGUCCAGCAUCAAAUGACAAUGGCAAGAAUAGCCUGGUAUCAAGAGAAGAUUGGAGCCUAUGAUCAACAAGUCUGGGAGAAAUCUCUCGAGCAGGCAGAUCUGAAUGGCAUUGACCCCAAACCAAAGAGGACAGGCCACAUCAAGCCAGACCUCAUUGAUGUUGACUUGGUAAGAGGAUCCACAUUUAGCAAAGCCAAGCCAGAGAGUCCCUGGACAGCCCUCACUCGUAAGGGCCUGGUCAGAGUGUUGCUCUUCCCUUUCUUCUUCCAGUGGUGGAUCCAGGUGACAUCAAAGUACAUUUCCACAUGUAUCCUGGUGAUCUACUUCAUGCAAGUGGCAGCAGUGCUGCUGUAUCUGCAGGUCCCCGGGGCAAAUGCCAGCGAGGUGUUUUGGCCCAUGUGUCUGUUGCUCCUGCUAGGCACAGUGCACUGCCAAAUUGUGUCAACCGAAUCCAGCCGCAGUCCUUCAGGCAGUCCAGCUGCCAGCAGCAGCACCAGCCCUGCACGCAGAAGGAGGCCAAGGAAAGGCAGAGGGAUAAAAAAAGCAGAAGAAAAGGAAGACAGUGGGGACACAGAGCAACAGAAUUCCUGGCAGCCUCAAGAAAACCAGUGGUUGUACAAAACCGAGGAUAGAAGGACCAUCAAAAGAAAGUCAGGGUUUGGGGCAUCUGAUGAACUCUCGAGUGAGGAAGAGGAAGAGGAAGAGAGAGACUCAGUACAAGUCACUGACUUCUCACCUCGCCAAGAAAGAUACACUGCACCAACAAGCACUUCAUCUAUUUCUAUCCUCAGGAAGAGAGGUGCUCAGUUACUUUCAGAACCUGCAUUGAGACCUCAGCAGGAAGGAGGCGGGAGUCCAGCUAAGGACAUCAAGGUGAAGCCUCGGGAGCUGGAGCGCCUCAGACCAAGCAUAGGCUCCCGGCCUGCCUCUGACACAGACGACACCAUGUGGGAGGAGCUUCUCCAGGGGCCCGACUCUGCCUCCACAGGCAGCAGUGACAGCGAGGGGGAGGGGAGGUACAAUGGUGGCAUGACACUCCCACCAGUCACUACACUGAGUAGCGAUGAUGAGAGCCUACAGCAGGGAAUGGCUGGCGGCCAGCUAUCAUGGCUGCAGGCCUGCCACCCAUCUAGAGACCGCGUCAGUGCCAUCAUUUGGGAGCAGGGCGAGUGCAAGAAGGCAGACAUGUCAGUAUUGGAGAUCAGUGGGAUCAUCCUCACACGGGUAAAGUUAGUGGAGCAAGGUAUGGGUUACCUGAUGCUUGGUGGGCUCAUCACUGCCACCCUGGCCCUGCUUCCCUUUGCCUUCCGCCUGGCCCAACACCUGGACAGGUCUAGCCUGGGCCACCAGUCUCUGACACAGCUGGUAACUAUAGCCAUGGGGCCUCCCGACAUCCUAGCCUACACCUUCUUCCUCAUCACAAUGCUGGAGCGAGUCUGCCUCACUGGCCUCUUCUUCUUCAUGAUGUGUGUGGCUGAGAGAACUUAUAAACAGAGACUGUUGUUUGCCAAGCUCUUCAGCCACCUUACAUCAGCACGGAAGGCCAAGAAAUCUGAGAUCCCACAUUUCAGGCUGAAAAAAGUUCAGAACAUAAAGAUGUGGCUAUCUCUUCGCUCCUUUCUCAAGAGACGAGGACCCCAGCGCUCCGUUGACGUCAUUGUCUCCACCAUCUUUCUCGUAGCCCUUUCCAUUUCCUUCACCAUCUGCGCUCAGCUCCUACACAGUCACAAGACAUUCCUGGACUCUCUGACCAACUGGGAGCUGAUGGUUUGGGAAGCAUCCUUACUCCUCUUCCUGCUGCGCCUUGCCACCCUGGGCUCUGAGACCAACUGUAAAUACAGCAACGCCUCAGUGUUGCUCACUGAGCAGAUCAAUUUAUAUCUCAAGAUGGAGAAGAAGCCAAACAAGAAAGAAGAGCUCAAUAUUGUAAACAACGUUUUGAAACUUGCAACAAAAUUGAUGAAAGAACUGGACACCCCAUUCAGACUGCUGGGUCUGACAGUGAACCCACUGAUCUAUAACAUCACCAGAGUUGUAAUCCUCUCUGCUGUCUCUGCUGUGGUCAGUGACUUGCUGGGCUUUAACAUCAGACUGUGGAAGAUCAAGCCAUAAUGUGAAUUUGCCAAACCACUAAUUGUGUGACACUGGAGACUCGGCAAGCUCCUUUUGUCUUCUCGAGACAGCCAACCAUCUAUACAACGUGUGCAAACCUACUGACGGUGUAUUUAUCUUCUGUGCCUUCCAAGGAACAUUGAACAAUCUCCUGAAUCCAUCGUAGUCAUUUAACACUACAAGCUUGUGCUGCUGUGACAAUCGCCUUUACGCCACUGGCUGUACAACUGACACGACCCACCCCUCUUGACCGGCUGCCCCAGUAAUGCAGUGCCUCACCUUUUUGACCCUUGAAUGUCCCUGAGUUUGUAGCAGAAAAUGGCUCUCACUGGUUGUCAUCUGAGAACUUGGCAGGCUUCACCGGCAUCCAGAUUUGUGAACAUGCAUAAUUUAAAGAUAGGUGAAUGAAUUGUCAAGCAUGAGAAAUGCAGACAAUAUGCAGAUGGGUUCUAUGUGAUCUGAUUUUCAGAUGUUUUACAUAAUCUUACUAUGGUUUCCCUAUUUUGCACCACAAGCCCUGUGUAUUAGCCUAUCUACAGAUAGUAAAUAACAAUGGGUAGCCAAUCUAAUAGAAAGAAUUUUCAUAUGACUUAACUACUUGAUACCUAUUGUGCUAUUGAAGUGGAAUUCAUCAUAGCUUGGAAGUAGGCUUUAUUUAUUGGGGAUUCAAUUUUCGUCCUUUAUUGUUGUAAAGGCACCUGUAAAUGAUUACUCUUGGACCUCUAUCAUUGCCUUUUCUAUUAAAGACCAUUGAUCACUAAAAACACCUAUGCAAAGACGUUAUAGUUAUGCUUAAAUGAGAUGCAUUGUUUGAUAGAUGUGAGGUGAAUAAAACUGCUUUUUUU